ACGGGCUGCGGGGGGCGGCUCCGAGCCCCUCGGGGCGCCACGAGCCCGGGGAAGGUUUGCCCGGAGCGGCCGCGGCCCCGAGCCCCGCCACGCAGACGGAGCCGGUUUUGUGCCCGCUCGGCUCCUCCGGGCCCCGCGGGACCCCGGCCCGCCUCAGCAUCCCCCGGGCAGGGCAGGCGGCGGCGGCGCCGGAGCUGCGGGAUUGAUUGGAAGCGGGGAUAAACCGAACGACGGCGGGGACACCGGGUGGGCUGAGCCAAGCGCCAGCUCUUGCUACAGGGCCGCCAGCGCAGGAUGGAGACGCGGCCACAGCCCUGAGCGGGUGCUGCUGACCCUGCCCGUGGCUCAGCUCUGCCCAGCCCAGCACCAUGAGUGGUUUCCUGUCCCGGCUGGACCCACGGCGGGUGCCCUGGGGGGCCGCGGGCCAUGCCCUGCGCGCCCGCGUCCUGCGCACCAAGCCCGUGGAGUCCAUGCUGGAGGGCAGCGGGGCCGCGGCCGCCCAGGGCGCCCGGCUGGCCAAGGUCCUCACCACCCUUGACCUCAUCUCCCUGGGCGUCGGGAGCUGCGUGGGCACCGGCAUGUACGUGGUGUCCGGCCUGGUGGCCAAGGAGAUGGCGGGGCCCGGGGUCAUCGUGUCCUUCAUCAUCGCCGCCGUGGCAUCCAUCUUGUCAGGUGUUUGCUACGCUGAGUUCGGCGUGCGGGUCCCCAAGACCACGGGCUCUGCCUACACCUACAGCUACGUGACCGUGGGGGAGUUCGUGGCGUUCUUCAUCGGCUGGAACCUCAUCCUGGAGUACCUGAUCGGGACGGCCGCGGGCGCCAGCGCCCUCAGCAGCAUGUUUGACUCGCUGGCCAACCACACCAUCAGCCGCUGGAUGAUCAACAGCGUCGGCACGCUCAACGGCCUGGGGAAAGGAGAGGAGUCGUACCCUGACCUUCUUGCUCUGGUCAUCGCUGUCAUUGUGACCAUCAUUGUGGCCAUGGGGGUGAAGAACUCGGUGGGACUCAACAACGUGCUCAAUGUCAUCAACUUGGCAGUUUGGGUCUUCAUCAUGAUUGCUGGUCUGUUCUACAUCAAAAGUGACAACUGGGCUGAAGGGCAAUUCCUGCCGUUCGGAUGGCCAGGGGUGCUCAAGGGGGCUGCAACAUGUUUCUAUGCCUUCAUUGGCUUCGACAUCAUUGCUACCACGGGAGAAGAGGCGAAGAACCCAAACACCUCCAUCCCCUACGCCAUCACAGCCUCGCUUGUCACGUGCCUGACAGCUUAUGUGUCUGUGAGCAUGAUCCUCACACUGAUGGUGCCCUACGAUGCCAUCGACACCGAGUCCCCACUGAUGGAAAUGUUUGUGGUCCACGGCUUCUACGCAGCCAAAUUCAUCGUUGCCAUCGGGUCCGUGGCCGGCCUCACUGUCAGCUUGCUGGGCUCCCUCUUCCCAAUGCCCAGAGUCAUUUACGCCAUGGCUGGUGAUGGGCUGCUCUUCAGGUUUUUGUCCCACGUCAGUUCUUACACAGAAACUCCUGUUGUGGCUUGCAUCGUGUCCGGGUUCCUGGCAGCUCUGCUCUCCUUGCUGGUCAGCCUGAGGGACCUGAUUGAGAUGAUGUCCAUUGGCACCCUGCUCGCCUACACGCUGGUGUCUGUCUGCGUCCUGCUCCUCCGGUACCAGCCCGAGAGCGACAUCGACGGCUUCGUCAAAUUCCUCUCCGAGGAGCACACCAAGAAGAAGGAGGGCAUCCUGGCUGACUGUGAGAAGGAAGCUUGCUCUCCUGGGAGCGAAGGAGAGGAGUUCUCUGGCCCACCGACCAACACGUGCGGGGCAAAAAAUCUGCCAUCGCUAGGAGAUAACGAGAUGCUAAUUGGGAAAUCUGAUAAAUCUGCCUACAAUGUGAAUCACCCCAAUUACGGCACCGUUGACAUGACCUCGGGGAUAGAGGCAGAUGAGUCUGAGAACAUCUAUCUCAUUAAGCUGAAGAAGCUGAUUGGCCCUCGGUACUACACGAUGCGGAUCCACCUCGGGCUGCCGGGUAAAAUGGAUCGCCCGACGGCGGCCACCGGCCACACGGUCACCACCUGUGUGCUCCUGCUCUUUGUCCUGAUGUUCAUCUUCUGCUCCUUCAUCAUUUUUGGGUCAGACUACAUCUCUGAGCAGAGCUGGUGGGCCGUCCUCCUGGUCGUGCUGAUGAUCCUGCUCAUCGCUGUGCUGGUGUUUGUGAUCUUACAGCAGCCAGAAAACCCCAAGAAGCUGCCCUACAUGGCCCCCUGUCUGCCCUUUGUCCCUGCCUUCGCCAUGCUGGUGAAUAUCUAUCUCAUGCUGAAGCUCUCCACAGUCACAUGGAUCCGAUUUGCCGUCUGGUGUUUUGUGGGUCUGCUCAUCUACUUUGGCUAUGGGAUGUGGAACAGCACGCUGGAGAUCAGUGCCCGGGAGGAGGCCCUGCACCAGAGCACCUACCAACGCUACGACGUGGACGUCGACCCCUUCUCUGUGGAUGACGGCUUCUCCUUCGCCCCCGAGGGUGAGAGCUACCCGGGCUGGGGUCCUUCUGAGGACAAGGGCUUCUCGUACCAGCAAAUGGCAGGCACCAAGGAAAGCCAUCGGACAAGUAGCAGGUCGAAAAGCAAAGGCCGGCACAAACCGCCAUCGGAUGCUCUGAUCGCCAACGACGAGCUGGACUACUCGCCCGAGUAGCGGGACAGGCAGUGGGGCGCCGCGCCGCCCAGGUGAUGAGGAAGGCUCCCCCAUCCUGCCCCAUCCUCCCCGGGUCCUCCACCACCACCCUGCUCACCUCCAGUACUCGGGACACGCUCUGCGAUUACCGUUGACCCCGGACCAAAACCACACGUGGCCCGUCCCAGCUCCAGCAGUCGGGUCUCACUCUGGUGAAUGCUGGCUGACCCCCCAGCACUGGCUGAUCUCCCAGCAGCAGCUGCACCAGUGCAGGCAGCGGAGUGGGAGAUGUGCCAAACCAGGAGGGUGUUGAGAGGUGGAAGGAGCCACAUGAGGGGACAUCAAAUUGUCCCUGGGGAAUGUCCACCUGAUGGCUGCAGCGGUGGGAUGCCACUCUAAAAUUUUCAGCACUUUCUUGGCAUGUGUGUUUUUUCCCUUUGAAUCACCCAGAAAUAAUAGCUGAGCCAGAGGCACAGAGAGGUGGGUAGGUACAAAAUGGAGAUGGACUUCCUUGGGAGUAGCUCAGAGAUGCAUAGUUGGUUCCAUCACACAGUGUUUCCAUGGCCUGUUCUGGUGCACUGCACAGAGCAAUGCUUCCUCCAUGUCCACCCCCACACCCCAAACCCCAGUAUUGUUAUUCAAAAUUAGCCCAUGUCUCAGUCAAAUCUUUAAGUCCCAGCGCAGCCCAACACCCCAAAUCUGUGGCUGGGAGCCUGAUCCCAUUCCUGGUCACAGUGAGGGCUGUGACUCACUCUUGGCUCAACCCUUUUUGUACAAAUGGUCAACGAGGACCACACAUUCCUCUGAGCAUCACCAGUCUGAGGUUGGGCACUGCUUCCACCACUUUGUGUCUUUUACAAAAAUGACUGUGCUGUCAUUCCCUCCCCGUGCUGGGCACCUUCCAGUGCUCACUCUGCCCUCAGUGCUCCAGACACCCAUCCGUGCCCCCACAAAAUAGCAGCAUCCGUGGGUCAGCCACAUCUUGGCGGGGCUGGGCCAUGGGUAGCAAGCAGAGAGGACUUGGCAACUGAAAUCUGACUCCCUACUGCACCUUGUACAAUAUUCUUUGGUUUUGACCUCGCUUUGGUGGGUGCUGUAUGAAAAACACUGAAAUGCUGCUCAUUCCGUAAGUGUCCGUAUUUCAGUCUGAAACCAAACAGAGCUGGUGGCUCGUGGGGCAGAGGUGGUCAGCAGGUGGAUGUUAAACCCCCUGAACAUGGCCAUGGCCCCCAGAAGUGCCAUCAGACUCCCUGCUGCCAGUGUCCCCACAGAAUCAUCAGUUAACAGUGAUGGGGUUUGGUCAGUGAUUAUCAGCAGGUCCAGUUGCGGAGCCCAUCAUGCUUCAUGUAAAACACCGUGGUGGAGGAACAUUUUUUGAAUAAACAGCAACCAAAACCCUUCAGACAGCAACUCCCAUCCUCCCUGCAGCUGUCAAAGGCUGCAGAUGGAUCCAUCCCAGGGGCUUCAGUGCAGCCCAGACCAACCCCAAGUACCACGGGCUGCUGCUGGCUUCCCAGGGGACAAUUUAACAUCAACAGGGCCAGGAUGUCCAGUAUGGAAAUAUCCUCAUGGAUAUUGAGAAUCAUUAAUGCUUUGGUACACUGGAUGAGGCUCAGGCUCCCAAAACACCUGCCUGGCACCCUCCAAAGGCAAGUAGGUGCAAAGGGUGCCUGGACCUGUGCCUAUCCCCAUCACUCCUGGGAUGCAAGGGCUUGAUGGAGACACUCUGCCUGGGGCUGUAAAAGUAUCCCUCCAGCUCCUGUCCCAGACAGUGUGGCAAACUACAGUAAUUUUCCCAGUGGAGAAGAGCAUCCAGUUCUGCAGAUUUUUACCUGGAGUGCUCUGGGCAAGCCAAGGGAAGUUUGGCCUCUGCAGCAGCUUCAGGGUGGGAGUGAAGAUUUGGCUAAAGGACCUGUAAGCUUUGCUCUGGCAUUGACUCCUGCUGCCCACCCCUACCACAUUUCCACAAGGAGAAAUCCUUAGUGUGUCCCACUGAAAAGCUGUUGCAAUGUGCACCGCUCACGGGCCAGCUCAGGAAACCUCUCUGGCAGCACUGAGCUCCUCUUGCGAUGGUCACUGCCCACCCACGCUUGUCUGCUCUCGUCCUUGAUGCCUUAGAAGUACCCAGGAGGGGAUGGCACCUCACAGGUCUGGCUGUGUGUUUUCAGGGAGAAAGAUUGAUGCUACUUUCCUACCAGCUCUUGUACUAUACCAUAUCCAAGGUAGUUGUUUUCGUCCUGCUUCCACACGGUAUUUGGGCAUCUGCUGACCCACAAACCCAUGCCCAAGCACCCUGUUGAGUCAAAGCCUGUUCUUCUUGCAGCCUUAAUCUCUUGCUACAGAGCAGUUACCAGUACCAGUGUCUGUCGUCACGUCCGCUCUAGUCACGCUGUAUUAUUUGACAAGGGCUUGACCCCUUGCUCUUUGGUGUCUGUAGGAACUUCUCCAUUGGAUCUGAGCAGCCUUUUGGCUGCCCCCAUUCCCAGUCACCCAUCCUCCUUCCCCUUCCUGGGGAAGUGCUGGGGCAAGCUGGCUGUACCCCGUCCUGGGACCUCCAGGGAGCAGCAUUUGUGCCGUGGCAUUGUCAGAUGUGCAUGGAUUACUGCCAGCCCUCGCCGUGCUGUGGGUGGGAGCUGUACCACAUCCCACCCAACAGAGGUGUUUAAGGAGAAGGUGACCGAGCCACAGGUCUUGGGGGUUUGCCAGUGGCCAAGGGCUGGUUUACAGGAUCCCUGCUCCCUGUUCUGGGUGGCAGCUCCUGGGAGAUGUGCAGGUUCAGCCUCUGGAAACUCACAUGCUGUCUCUUGUAGCAGCAUUGGGCUCUUCAGUGGGCACGAGCAAAGGCCGAGAAGGCAAAAUGUCCAGGUGUGCCCAUCACCUCUGGGCACUGCUGGCCAGGGGCUGGGAAGAGGUACAAGUGCUUGUUUGGCUGUAACCCAACCUCCAGCCUUUCCCCUGGGUGCCCUGAGGGAGGUUCUCACAUCCCUGGGCCAUCAGGAGGACAUGGCAGAGCGGGACCAUCCUUCUCCCACCUCUGGUGAGAGGCACGAAGCCUCCAUGCCUGCCUGCUCUCCACGGGGCACAUGCCCUGAGGGGCCAAAUGCAUGGUACAGAUGGAGCAUAAAUACCUCAAACCUUCCAGGCUGAAUCUGUAAGAUCUCAGCCCCUCCACAAAUUCACUCCACAUGGUCACAGCCCCUUGGUCUGACACCCAGCACCCCAGCAUCCUCCCCAUGGCAGCGAAAUCACAGCCCAGCAACAUGGGAUGUUGUAAAUCCAGCUUGUAAAUGACCUUCACUUCGUUUUGUUCAGUCUUUCUGAUGUAUAUCUUGCUUUUUUUUUUCUUUUUUUUUUUCUUUUUUUUGCAGGUGGUACUUUCUGGUGUAAUAAUUCUCUGCAGUUCUGAUAUGAAGUUGGUGUAUUUGUUAAAAGCAGUUUGUUCUAUCCAUUUUUUUUUUUUGUGGUUUUCAGAAGCCCAUUGGUGCAUUUUACAAUGGGAUCUUGUAGUGUGUCAUGAGAAAGAAAAAAUAUGCAGAUAUGUUAUGGAGUGGUUUUUAUUUUCAAAUGACUGUGUUGUUGACAGCUAUACAUAUAAUACAUAUAUAUAAUCAAGAUACUAAGAAAAAAAAUCUAAAUUUACCAAAAUCUGUAUAUUUUAAUAAAUGCAUAAAGCUUUAUUGUGUGCCUUUGCAUUUAAAAAUCAAAGAUGAACUAAGGGAUUUGUAAAGAAAGCCAGAGACAAAUGUGUCUUAGAAUUAGUUUCCAUAGUAAUGUAAAUCUUUUAAAUUAAAGACUAAACCAAAAAGUAAUAAUAAAAAAAAAAUCCCAUGUAAA